CGUGGCGCAGUCUAUUGUAAGAUCCUGCUCAAUUAAUAAGUGACGUGACUGCGCCAGACGUGCUCGUUGUUUCUUUGGUUGUUCUUCUCCUUUCCUCAACCUUGUGACAGUCCCUCGGAUGACAGUAGAAUUUCGUGAAACGUUUUUACCUGAACGUCAGGGAUGCACGCGUGACUGAAAACCUGAAUGGCGUAACACUGUAUAUGGCAUCCUGCGGAACCUUUAUGAGGAUUCUAAUGGUCGCACGGGGUUAAUCCGCCAAGUGAUUGACUGAAAGUCUCCGUUUGGUCGACUAUGGGCGGUGUGCAAAGCGGAACUCAUAAUCUUGGCGAGGCGUUAUGGGUGCAGGAGCGGCAGCGGCAGAAGUGCCAUCGGGAAGGCAACCGCUACGAGUCGCACUCGGCGCAGUCGACGCAGGAUCGCAGGAAACUGCUGAAGCGCACGAGGAGCCUCGCAGUGAUAUCGGAGGACGAGUCUCGGCAGGAGCGAGACGCCCGUCACUUCCGACUGGGCCAGUCGACCUUCGACCUGCCGAGGAGACAUCAAUUGAUACCGAGGGCCAAGCUGAUCGAUCGGAAUUCUCUCAAGGACAGACUCUCCAAGAGUCAGCAGCACCUUACGGACUCUUACGAGAGAUUCAACGAGGCGAGAUCCUACCACUCGCGAUCGACGUGCGGCCUUCACUCGAUCCCGUCGGGUCUCGUGUCUCUUCCAGAUCCGCUGCCCUACGCCCGAGGGAGUCGCGCCGAUCCCGACAGGCUGAAUAUCCUCGACUGGCCGGACCCGCCGAGACGCUACCGCAGUGUGCAAAACUUGGACACGGUGAGCGGCCUGGUCGACAUCGUCGAGGACAAUUGGCCCAUCGAAGGCAAUCGCAGCAUCGAUUGCAUAUACACGCAGGUGAAGCGCAAGCGCAAGGAACAUCGGAGUUUAGACAGCAUCCUUUUCGAGGACGACGGCGAGCUCGAGUACUUCGAUGUGCUAAAUUUACUGCCCCUCUCCAACGUGCGACUGGAGUACGACGAGAACGACUUGGCGGACGGUAAUUUCGAGCGGCUUCGUGGCUCGCGAGACUUAAGAGUGCUCGAGUACCGUGAACCGAGCAGCGUCGAGGAGGCAUCGCCUUCCACGAGCGGCGGCGACGCCACGGACGAGGAGAAGCGUACAGCGAAGGAGAACAAUAUCGUGCGAGACGACAACGACGACGACGACGACGACGACGAGGACGACGAUCGCGGAAAGAAGAUUCGUGAAGACCUCGACACACCCGAGGACACAGGCGCAAAUUUGGCGGGUCGAGACCGUCGGGAAUCCGAAGAGAGUUUCGAGGAGGACUCAGAGAUUAGCACGGCAAACAAGUUCACGGAUCAGCGCAUCCCCUCCAAUCCUUCGUCGUCGUCCUUGUCAUCAUCGUGCAAGUUCAAGCGGGAGCGAUACAAGGCCGAUGUCGAGAGUUUCGUGAUUCCCCCGUGCGAGGAGGAUCGCAAGAUCGACGAGGUGGAGGACUACAAGUCGAUCUGGAUCUCGGACAGUGAAGAACAGGACGAGAUGUCACGCAGACCGCAGAUUCUCAAAGUCGUCGACAACGACGUCACCAAGAGACGACAUCGGCGUUCGGUCGUAGAGAUCGAUGCUGUCGUCGAGGACGUGCCAAAGGACAAGAAGCCACAAGAGAGCGCGAAAGAGAACUCAAACGAGCGCGUCGACGUCUCCUCGUUGAACAAAACGGGCAAUAACGCGCGUAAGGACGGCGAGGUUCGCGGGAAACACGCGGAGAACGCCGCCACACCGACAAAUGCGAGCGACACGGCGACGGUGGAGGACGCGAGGAACUUCUUCGAGCGGAAAACCGCGGAGAGAGAAACGACGCGGAAUAAGCAGAAUGAAGGUAGAUUUGAGAGGAUAGUAAAGGAGACGUCCAAUAUUCUUGGGAAGGCGUGCAGCGUCGUAAAGGGUAGCCUGGGCUUUGAGGCGAGGUCGGAGAGCUCCGACCUAGGUCUCGGUUCGGAAUCCGGCAGUGACUCUCGCAGAAGAUCCAUGGACGACGGCGCUGAGGACGAUCGGUCGCCCCGGAGCGUUGCUGAUAAUCCCACCGUGGCGGCCAACGACAACAUGAGCGACGGCAAAAAGCCGCACACCAAUCUCACCAGGUCGAGAAGCUGCGUGGACUCGAUAGAGUGUCAGGACGACGGCCCGGAGUUCGAUCACGUGCGAUACAAGAUCGUCAAGUCGCACAUGUUCAGCAAGAAUAUGUUCAGCACCGGCCGUGGCGACGUCACCUACGACGGGCUGAUGCAGUACCUGCGCGAAUACUCGUUUCAGGAGCUGCUGAUGGAUAACAACGUCGUUAUCAUCGAACCGGUUCGCGCUGAGCCGGUGGAGCGCAAGUCGACAUCGUCACCGUUGGCCAGGACGGAGCCGUCCUGCAAGGUUGCUGGCACGAUCCAGAAGAAGGCCGAGAGGAGUGGCGAACAAACAGCCGACGACGAUAUCGCCAAAGGACCCAAUAAAUCGAUCAUCAGGAAACACUUCUUCUAUCAUCCCAUCAGGGUGAAUCGCGAGCUGAUCGAUGAGGAACUGCCGGAUCCAGAUACAGUGAGAAACGUAAGACGCAUGUUCGAGAACACAUUGAAGAAGAAGAGCACGUCCGACGCGGAGUUCUCGAGGGACUGCAAGAGCAGAAGGAGCCUUAGUAUGAAAGACCUGACGAGCAUCGACGACGGCCGAUACGACGACAUGUCCGACAAGGCACGCGAGGAAUCCAGAUCCAGAUGCUCCAGCAGGGCGAAGGACCUCACGAGACUCUUCGAGACCAAGUCCGCGUCGUCGAGCGCGUCCAUCGCCAAGGAGGAGCCCGGAAGCCCGCGGGGGGAAUCGAAGACGAGGAUUCUCGCGCAGAGCUUCGAGGCUAGAAGCGGCAACACGUCACCGAGCGACUCGAACUGUUCCAAGAACAAGGUCGGUCGUUACCACCACCAUCAUCAUCACCACCAUCAUCAUCAUCAUCAUCAAAAUUGGGACUCCGGUAGCGUGAGCUCCGGAGUCUCGAGCGAUUAUCCCGACACCGAUGCCGGCAGCGCGGCCCAUUGCACGUCGUCCGACGACGAAGACGUGAACAGCCACGAGGACGACGGCACGGACACGAGCGGCCCGGGCCACUAUGUGUCCCAGGACGUGCUGAGGAAGAUCCGUGAGUGUGGCACUUCGGUGACGUACUACGGUGGGAAAGUGGUGAACACGCACAACGGGCCACUGAUCUCGCCUUUGAUCGGCAACGGCUUCAAGCAGGCCGAUCGAUCGAGCGACUACGUGAAGUUCAAGCUCGUGAAGAGCAACUCAUGCGACAGCAGGCUCGAGUUGACCGGCAGGCUCGUGGAGAGCAAGCCGUUGCGUCGUGAUCGCGACCGCGAACGCGACACCGCCGAUCUCAGGCAGUGCACGAUCGCGGAGACGCCGAGCAUCGAGAUCACGACGAUCGACCGGCAACAGGACGACGAGAAGCAACGAGGGGACGUGGAGUUGGAGCAGAUUGAGCAGGUAAAGCGGGAGCCGCCGGUGGUGAUUGGUUUGGAGCCGAAGAAAGAGGAGGCGAAGGAAUCGAGGACUUUCAAAGCGGACUUUAAGCUGGGCAGCUUGGAAGACGGGUCGAGAUCCAAUUAUCCGAGCAGAUUUACGGCGAGCGCACUGACGAGGUGGGAAGUGAACACCAACACUUGGAGGCCCAGCAAUGAUUUCGGCAAGAUGGAGUUCGAGGAGUUCGAGGUACUCGAGGAUAGCCUCAAUGGGAUUGACAGCCAGAACGAAUACGCGCAAGCAUCCUGAACGGCAGGCUCUCCCUCUUGUAUGAUAUAUUUAUUUCUUCGACGCGGUUUCUCUUCGACGACCGACUGGACGAGGAUUGCCGAAUGAGAUAACGUGAUCGAUGUUUCAAUAUUGUAUCAACGCAAAAUUUCAUCGAGACGUCAUCGCAGAACGACGGCCUCGUGUCUGUACGCAAGAGCGAUGUGUCCAGCCGACGGAAAAAUUAUUUUCCAUGGAACGCGGACACAGCGCGCGCCGCCGAGAGAGUAGAGACUCUCAAGAACGAAAUAUGGCGUUUCUCUCUCUCUCUCUCUCUCUCGCGGCAACGCGAUAUACGAGUAUCGCGCGCGACUAUCGCGCAAGAGGAAACGUUGAUAGUCAAGAUAAUUUAUUAGACACAUUAAGUAUGUAAUCGAUUAGUCCGUUGUUGCAGGUGGAUAAGUCCACACGAGUCAUAUUUCAUAGCAGGCGAUAAGCAUCGACAGAGUGAGCAAUGAGGUUACGGUAUGGAGGAUCCUCAGUGUAACGUCGCACACGUAAGAUUCAAAGCGAGUAUGCGAACACGAGUACGCCGAUGUAAGUUGAAUGUACCAAAUGUGUAAUAAAUACAAUAUAAUGUAUAGAGA